CCUGCCCCAUCACCUCCGAACCAACCUUCGUCAACACCGCCACCAGGAAUACGUCCAUAACCACUACCAGCUCCGCAAUCACUUCCAAAAUCAACGCCUCCUCCAUCACCUCAAAGCCACCUUCGCCAACACCGCCACCACUACCAGCUCGGCCACCACCAUUAACGAUAGCAACACGUACCAGCACCAUCACCGCCUCCACAACCAGUAGUAGCUCCGCCAGCACCAUCAUCAAAUACUAUAAUUCAUCUCUACCCUAAUCAUUACUCAUCACUUGACCAACACCAGCACCAGCACCACCAUAACCAGGGUACAGAAUUGCAGCUUGGAUUGGCUGUUGAAAGCAUUAAAGCUACUUUGUGAGUGAAGAGGAGGCUGGCAUGUGAACAGCUAGCUUAUUAUGCUCAGGUGAAUGUCAAUUUGAUGUCAUUAGAAGUGGUGAUUCGUUUUUCUUCGGUCGGCCCUCCCCACUGUGGCAGCGGUGUUCUAGUUUUACAUCAAAGUUGAAUAACGGCAGAGAAAAUUGUAUAAAGAAAAAUCAAGCCUAAAGUCUACCCAACACAGACCAAAAUAAAAAAAGCAGGGAGGAAGCUAGGUUAAGAUUUGAAAUUAGCCAUCAAUCAAAAAAUAUUUGAAAUUAGGCCGAGUUUGUUAACAGAUAUUUUUCAAAUGAUUACAUCUCGAUUUUGAUCUUAUGUUUAGGGAAAAGUAUGCUUCUAUUUUUUUUAGUGAUAGCCACCAAGGCAGAGAAACACAAAUCCAGUGAAAAGGAUCUCCUUGUUUAAGUUAAAAGAUAAGGCGUUCUAGGUUUGUGUUGUUGGCGGCAUUCUGUUCAUCCCCUCAGUUCCUAGUGAAGCAGACAUGGGUUUGGGUUUUCAAUUCCGUCGUUUAUCAGGAAUUGCAAAAUUCCUCCCUAGAUUUUCCCACUCUAGAAUUAUCAAUCAACAAGCAAGAAAUAUCAUUAGUAGUGUUGUACCAACUAAAUUUCAAUUUCCCAUACCUCAUGUUUGGGUGAAUCUUGAUCAAAUCAAUGUACACAAAUUAUGUCAAAUCCACAGUUAUUUUUUAGAUUAUCAACAGUAUCUGAGAUACCAAAUCAGUUAGCUCCUGAUGUAAAUCUUAUAACAUUUUUGGAGUCUACCCUCGACGAGCUUCAAGGUCCUGACUAUUGUUGGUUGAAUAAAUCUGAAGAGAGCAAGCAGCCAUUUGAUAGGAACGGAACUUUCUUAGUUCUUGUGGAUGCAUUUACCUCCGAUUCUUUAAUGUUUGGUUCAGAGCAUACCUCAAUGUUUGAGACAGUUAAAUUGCUUCAACGGAGGCACCCAGAGCUUUGCAUUUUUGGUUUUCAAUCUCUGAGUUCAGAUCGUUAUGUUUCUGUGAGAGCAUGUAUAGUCCACACAAUCAUGAAGGAGUAUAUUACAUUUCCUAUCUUGUUGUCUAACAAGACCUUUCCUGAGGAAGUGGAAAGGCCAUGCUAUCUUAUCUUUAAAGACUUUAAGAGUCCGUUGCAAUAUAUCGGGAGAAUGACAGAGGUUGAAACGUUUAGCAAAGCCAUUGAGGAGCUCAAUUUGGUACAGCAUGAAUUGCUGGACCAGAACUUGGGAAGCCUGAAAACUAAGAAAGCUGAUGUCCCGAUGGAAUUAUAUGAUUCUUCUCUUCGGAAUUUACUUUUAUACUUUCCUGGUUGUAUAUCUGUAGAUGAGGAUGAGAACCGAUUAUUCGUCUCGGACAGCAAUCACCAUCGGAUCAUCAUAAUUGCUGGCAAUGGAAAGAUUUUAGACUGUAUUGGUUCUUCCCCGGGUUUUGAGGAUGGUGAUUUUGAAUCAGCCCAACUGUUGCGCCCUGCAUCUUUAUUUUAUGAUGCUGUAGAGGACUGUCUAUAUUUUGUGGAUUCAGAGAACCAUGCGAUUAGGAAAGCUAACAUUGGGAGUAGAACUCUAGAAACACUUUAUCCAAACCUCAAUGCUGGCAAAAGAAUCAGUAGCAGCAUAUGGAGCUGGAUCUCGGAAAAUCUCCUAAUUACAUUUUUCCCAAAGGGAAGAGAAGAGGCUUCGCAAUCCGAGGAGUUUGAUUCGGAGAUGCUAAGAUUCCCGUGGCAUUUAAUGAAAGAGCAAAACAAUCUCUUCAUAAUUAAUCCCAGUAUUCAAACUUUGUGGAUUAUGGAUGCAUCAUCUGGGGAGAUUAAAGAUGUUAUUACAGGGUACCAAAAUAUUAUGGAGAUAUGUGGGAAGUUGAUAUCUGAGAAAAGAUCAUUGUUGAAUCAGAUAACUGAGAAUUGGUUGCCGCAGAGAGUUGAUUCUGGUUGUUUAAGGGAAGGAUACCCAUAUGAUAGUCUUAUCUCAUCAGUAGCCACUUAUAAUAACAAAAUAUUGUUUUGUGAUACAGUUGGUCAGGCAAUUUUAGAACUUGAUAUGGACUCUGAGGAUGUCUCAGAACUGCGACUUUCAAACUUUGAAAUCCUUGGUCUGCCAUAUUGGUAUUGUUACCCUCCGGAGAGAGUUUUUGUUAGUGGUAUUGUAAGUCAGAGACCAGGCGUUGAUCAUCUUCAAAGUUUUAGUGUUCUAUCAGGAAGAUGUGACAUAGAAGUGAAUGUGCAAAUCCCAAAGGAUACAGAACUUGCAGCACCGCUUCAAGAAGGAUGUAUCUGGCGCCAGGCUAGAGGUUCUGCGGCCGAAGUCUCUGGGUCGGAGGAGGUUGCUACUUUUGCAAAAAAGGUUGGUAUUGCUCAACAGUGGUUUGAGGAAUUGGAUAACCUUGCAUUUUCGAGGGAAGAAUUGAGUGUAGAGGAAGACAAAAAUCUUAGUAAUUUUCACCAAGACAGCAGAGUAGUCAUCAACUGUGUAGUUAAUAUUUCUCCUGGGACAAGUGAGGUUGUCAUUAACGCCGUUCUAUACUUGAAGCUAAACCGGAACUCGAUUUUUUCUGGGAACCAUCAGGAAGAAAAAGCUAAAAGAAUCCUAGAAAUAUUAAACCCACAUCAUAGAGUUUCAGAGCAGCAAAAAGAUGCAUGUGUUCAGUUGAUGUUAGAAUCAAAGAGAGACCUGGGAGAACUAGUCUUUAUGAGACCUCUGCAUCUUAGGAUAGGGUUGGCAGGUCAAGACUGUCCGAAAGGUGAUACAGCAAACGAAAUUGUCUUGACAGACUCCAAGAUCGAAGUUAACUUAUCUCUCAGGUAAUAAAUGAUACGACGUAGUAUUCUAUAUUUUGUUUGUAGUUUUAGCAGAUACGGGUUUCACAACAUUUUCCAAGGCAGAGCUCUGAAGGAAGCAAAAGUGUGACAACAGUUAUUACCCGAUUGCUUAUAUUAUUCAAUUUUUUUUGGCUGUAUUCAUCCAUCGAAUUUCAGUGUACAUUUUGUUAUCAGACAUUAUUUUAAAGGUUUUAAGAAAUCCUUUAUUUGUGCCUA